AAAAAAACAACCUCGAUGUGGUCGACUGAUCCAACAUAGUAUUAAAAAAGGGGAUUUACAUGUGCAACUACUGACGCAUUGUAUCACUGAAACGCUCUUUGUAUUUUACUCAAAUAAAGUAUUGGAUCGAGAAAUCAACAUUUUACGUACAAAACUCACACAAUUCGGAUUAUAAAAACCCAGAUUCUACUACUACUGUUACUUUGCGUACUCAUCUUCCCCUUUUCUCAAGAUCUCUAAUCUCUUUCUCUCUUCCCCAGACAGACAAACAUGCAGUCUGAGUGACUGAACUACUGCUGACUGCAUGUCUGCACUCACAAUUGGUAAUUGAUCAUCAUCACUAAUUUUCUAGAUCUCGAUCAACAAAUUAGAGUAUCAAGAGAAAUGGGUGUUAGAAGAAGAUUACACGAGAGAAGCACUUGGUUUUGUGUUUUUCUGAGCGUCUUAUUGAUGAUUACAAGUUAUGAAGCCAAUGGAAAGAGUAUUAAAGAAAACAGUAACACAUGUAGCAGGAGGAUUAGCAGUAGUUUCAUGAUAAGGGAAAGUAGUGCUGCUGGUAAUAGUACCAGUAGAAGAAGAAGCAGCAGCAGUUGUGAUAUUUUUCAAGGGAGAUGGGUUUUUGAUAAUUCAUACCCACUCUAUAAUCUUACAACUUGUCCGUUCAUUCGUAGAGAGUUCAACUGUAUCAAGUAUGGCAGACCUGAUUCUCUUUAUCUCAAAUAUCGAUGGCAGCCCAGCUAUUGUACAUUGCCCAGGUUUGACGGAAAAGAUUUCUUAACGAGGUUUAAGGGAAAGAAAAUUAUGUUUGUAGGAGACUCUCUAAGUCUCAACUUCUGGCAGUCACUUGUUUGCCUCCUGCAUUCUGCAGUUCCUCGAGCAAACAUCGUCCAAAAGACUACAAACACAACCAACAUGUAUACCUUUCAGGACUAUGGAGUUUCAGUGAUACUAUAUCGUUCUCUUUUGCUAGUCGACACGGAUAGUGAAAAAAUUGGUCGUGUUCUGAAGCUUGACUCGAUUAAAAAUGGUGGAGACGUAUGGAAAAAUAUGGACGUUUUGAUUUUUAAUACUUGGCUUUGGUGGGGUAGAAGAGGAGCCAAACAACCAUGGGACUACGUUCAACAUGGCAACAAAAUAUCUAAGGACAUGGAUCGUAUGCUUGCUUUCCGGUUAGCGUUAACAACAUGGGCAAAGUGGGUUACCACAGACGUUAACUCUACCAAAACAAAAGUCUUCUUCCAAGGAAUUUCUCCAUCGCAUUACAAUGGCCAUGACUGGAAUCAACCUGGAAUAAAGAGUUGUUCAAAUCAGACGGAGCCGUUAUCUGGUUGUAGUUAUCCUGCUGGAUUACCAUCUGUAACAACAAUUGUGAAAGAUGUUUUAAGUAAUGUUCUCUCGAAAAAUAUAGUUCAUUUGUUGGACAUUACAACUCUUUCACAACUCAGAAAAGAUGCACAUCCGAGUGCAUUUAAUGGCUUCAAAAAUAUGGAUUGUACUCACUGGUGUCUUCCAGGUCUUCCGGAUACCUGGAAUCAGCUUCUUUAUGCACAACUCUCUUCCUUGUUCCCUUAGAAUAGAAAAAUUACUCAUAGUUCAUUCAUAUCAACCGCAUAUACAGAACAACAACUUUCUUUCUUUACGUCAAUAUAGUGAUCGAUUAUUGACCAACAAGAGGUAAUUAAGCUUAGUGCUACGUUCUCUUGAUCAUUGAGAAUAUUCAUAUUUAAAGACUUCUGUUAUCUUCAUACAAUAUGUAAGAAGAAAUAAGAAAAUUCAUAUCUUUUGUAUUUUA